AUGUUUGACGUACGAUCCAUUUUAAAUGGUACUCGAAUGAAUCAAAAGAGCAAAGAGGAAGAGAAGCCAGAAAAAGCCAAAAGUAUAACCAUGAAGGAGAUGGAUCGGAAAGAAAAAUUGGUUAAAGCUUGUUAUAGUGAUAGCAAAGGUUUUAAUGAUAAUAGCAACGAUCAGGAAAGCAAUAUUUUAGUGAUCUAUACGGAAAAGGAAAAUAGUUCAACUGAAAAUAAGCUACAAGGUAUAGGAAAGUAUCAACAACAUCUGCAACAAUGCUUUUAUGUGAUGAACAAUUGCGCUCUUUCUGCUACAGCACCAUUUGAACGACGGAUUGGAAUUAGCUUAAUUGAAUGUGCCCAAUUCUGUUCGAGUUUACCUGGAUGUCUUUCGGCAUCUUAUUCAAUACGUUUUUCAAUCUGUGAUGUUUAUCAUUUUAAAUUUGAUUUACGAGGAAAAAAAGUGUCGAAAAUGGAAUGGCAUUAUUAUUUGGAGCCACAAAUAGAUAAUACUUCUAAAUGUUUAAUAGACUGCCCAAAUGGUGAAAAUAUAGUAAUGAUGAAAAUGCAUGGAUGGAGGAUAUCAAAAUUUAAUGGUCAACAAAUAUCAGAAUUAUGUAAUGGAGCACUAAUUGAACAUCAACCACAACACGUACUUAUCACUUUUCCUGAUGCAAUUUUAACAACACCAACUUUAACGAAAUGCUUAUUAAAGUGUUUAUGGUCAAUUCAAGAUGGUCAAAUAUUUCAAUGUCAUUCGAUAAUGUACUUUUAUGAGCAAAAAAUCGAUAAUUGCAUAUUAAAUAGUCGAUCAAAAAAAAGCAAUCCAAAUAGUUUAAAGGAAGAAACAAUUUCAGUUGUUGAUUAUUUUGGUUUGGAUGAUUGUUUAAAUAUUCCAUUAAUGGAACAAACAUCAAAAACAAAUCCGAUACGGAUACAUCAAUAUAAAAAGCACCAAAAUAUUUUAAUAUCGAGAAAAAUGCAUAAUAAAUGGUAA